AUGACUUCCUCACGACGUCGCGUCGACCGUUCUUUCGUUUUCGAGGAUAAUAUUAACACAACUCCUGACUCAACUACCUCCUCCUAUUACACGCGGAGUCUUACGGCAGACGACGUUACCUUAGGUAGUAUCGCCACCCUUGCCCGACUUCCUGUCGGUCAAGCAACUCCUAAAGUACGUUGUCUAAAGACAAACAAACUAAUCAACUCUGGCGCAUUUAAUCACCCAGUUGUUAUUCUCGGUAUAUCUCAAGACGGCGAUAAAGAGGUUUCUGCUCUUUGUUGCCAGAUAUCUGGGAAUAGCAAUCCUUUUGCGCCGGAGGCACCAAGCUUUCUACCAAUUUCGACAGUCAGUUUAGGUGGUCAAUACUCGCGUGUACCAGUCACCAGGAACGAGGCGGUACUUGAAGAUAAAGCGAUGUUUAAACGAUGUUACAUCUUAACCGGACAUGCUCUGUACGACCCAAUCUAG